AUGACAAGACGACUGAUCCCUGACGAUCUAACCGAAUCUCAACAAGAAAACCUAUUAGCUCAGAUCCAGGCUGACCGAGAGAAGAUAGCUAUGACAAUAUCUCAGAGAAGGGAUCAAUAUGCGAACAUUGUUGGGUUCUUACACCUGAAACGUGCAGGGGAAGAAAGAGAAAUACGGAUUGAGUUAGGGAAGGUGUUCACAAUAGGAAGAGAUCCAGAAUGCGAUCUAGCAAUUAACGAUCGGAUGAUAUCGAAUUUACAUAUCAGACUAUAUGCCGUCAAAACCACUACGAACCUCUCAUUAGCGAUCCUUCAUGAUACUUCUUCAAACGGCUAUAUCAUCAAUGGCGAACAUGCCGGUCCGGGUACCAUUACCAAAAGAGUAGGAGAUAAGGAGAUAAACUCUAGGUUUCGGGUAUUGAGGGAAGGAGACACACUGGGAUUACCUGGAUAUGCUGGGGAAUUUACCUACUCUCAUCAUUCGCAAGCGCAAUACCUUACCCCUCCAUCACAAAUCAUGAACCGCCACCUACAUUUAUUCCCCUGUUCUGAUAUCUCUCUGACAAUACCAAUAGACCCAUGGAUUAUCCACAACUAUCCAUUGGGUAACGGUACAUGGGGUAUAGUCAAUAUCGGAACCCAUCGAAAAUCCCAAAACCUCGUACAAGUAGCUAUCAAGACAAUUCGACCUCAUUAUCCUCAAAGGGAAUAUGCGGAACUGAUCAAGUUCGAAAUUAAAGUGCAAAGAUCAUGCGAUCAUCCAAACAUACUGAAAUUACUAGAUUAUGUUAUAGAACCGGAAAUCGAAGAGGACUAUGAGGAAUAUGAAGAAGACAGGGCAGGGAAGAUACACGUAGUUUUGGAAUUGGUAGCUGGAGGUGAUCUAUGGAGUUAUAUCGAUAAACACCGUCAACUUCAGGAAGACGAGGUGAGAUGGAUUGGAUGGCAGUUGAUAAGCGCUUUAAAGUACUUGCAUGAGAUGGGGAUAGUACAUCGAGAUGUCAAACCGGAGAACAUCCUCUUACACACCUCCUGUGCCUAUCCCCGUAUCCUCCUGGCGGAUUUCGGCACGGCGACCAGCCAAACGAGACUCCUCUCCACUCUCGGUCUAGCUUUGAGAGAAGAAUACCAUGCUGGAGAUACGAUGGAUUGCGGGAGUAGGAAGGAGGUUGGAACGAAGUGGUGGAGGGAAGAAAGAGGAUUGGAUAUGUGGGCUACAGGAGUCACAUUGUACCUCUGCGCAGCGUAUUCACCACCAUAUUCAUGCAUCCCCCUUCCUCAGGGAUCAUCCGUUGAUGACGCGGGCUACUUAUCUGAAUUAGUAGACGAUAUCGAAAUGGAUCAUUCUCCGGAGUCUGAUCCAGACCCAUUUCAAGGUUAUCGGACUCAAGAUCUACUAGUCGAUGAUCCCAUCGAUGACUUUCCUUCACCACCAUCAUCGAUAGGUAUGGGAAUGAAGCCGAGCGACAAUCUGAAAGAACGUCUAGACGAGAUGAAAAUCGAUGAAGCAUCAUCGUCAUCAACAACAAUCAGAAAUCGCCAGAAGAGGACAACGACAAGAAGGAGGUAUGAUACUCCUUUAUCAAGGAUGAAUACAGCUAUACCUUUCUCAUCGUAUUUUGAAAGAAACGAUACGAUUACCCCUUAUCCUCAAACAAGACAUGAAACGGUUUUGCCUCGGGUACAGGUGAAAGAGGAGGAGAUGCAUCAAUAUGAUUUGUUAAUCCGUCAGAUCGAGAUCUUCAAGGAUAUGAGAUACGAUGAAUGGCCUUGUGAUGAACCUCUAUGGUCGGAAUGGUCUUCAGAAGGUCUCGAGUUCAUCGAUAAUUUACUUCAUCCAGAUCCCAUCCAUCGCAUUCAAUCACUUACAGCACACGAUCAUCCCUGGUUCACCAACAAUAGGGACGAGCUGGAAGAGAUAUACGAGAAAGUGUUGGUGAAAGGGGAAGUGAUUAGAUGGUUAUUGUGA